AGUAGGUAAGCACGAUAACAGUGCGCGGAUGCGAAGUGCUCGCGCAUCUUGAUCGACAUGUCGCCUGUGGGAAGAACGUAGGCACGAAGGAAGGAAGGAAGAGGGAAGAAGGGAAGGCGAAAAAUUCUAUCUCCGCGCACCCGAUGGUUCGAUUCGUCGCACAAUAUGUACAAAUUUUCUCAUCUUAAUCAUAUCGCCAGGUGGUUCUAAUUCGUAAACCAAAGUUUGUGGAGUAUAUGGGAUAUGAAUGAAGACCAAAUCCUUUUACUUGGAGAUUUUGGCAGUGGUGCUCCUGUGUCAAAUCCCAUGGCCGGGACCAAGUGUUUUCAAAAUAUCAUGCCCUCGAGACAGUGCCUCCGUGGUACGAAGAAUAGUACAAAAGAAAUGGAUCCCCGUAUUGAAGAAAUACCAAGUCGAGCUCCCCCUCGACUGCCCGUUCCAUAGGACUCGGGAUAUAUUUCACCCACAGCAGGCGGCCAAGUAUCAACACCGACCAUCACAAUGGACGUGUGGAUUAUGUGGGAAAUCUUUUUACGAGGAGAGGCAUCUCGACAUGCACUUCGACAACAGGCACAAGAGUGACAUCAAUAUGGCCGAAGAUGCUGUAUGCCUCGCCGAUUAUUGUGAUAUCAUGAGGUGCGACGUUUUGUUAACUCAGGACUUGGAGGGAUCAUCUAUCGACGAUUCGAGCUCAGUGAACACUGAUCUGGAGGUCUGGAGAGAAACAACAGCCAAGCAAACUACUGUCGCUCCUUCGGGCUCUCGCGAUCUUGUCAGAAUCUUCAAUGACAAAUUCCAAAUAUCCGGGGCUAGCGGCGAACCUAUGCAUCAUUAUUGCGACCGGAGGGACACGCCGGACGAUCAUUUCACUAUAAAUCAUCAGAAACAAAAAAUGAUAGGGUCUGAUAACAAUAAGACACGAGACAUAUGUGACAGUAAUCAUCUAGUGGACUCUGCUCUGCCGGCUAUAGACAGAAAACAACAACGUCUCUUCGAACUGCAAAAAUUGAAGUCAAACUGCAAACCAGAAGAGCUUCUGAAACUAAAAAUAAGAUGCGAGAUUCUUGUUCGUGACUGCAUCGCGGGUUUGCUCGUCAAUUUGUCUAUGCAAGAUUUCACAGAAGUCGAAGGUGAACUCAAUCGAGCUGUAUGCUGGUAUUUGACCUGCGAAAAAUAUUGGGAAGAUACUAGAGGACAGCAGCGUCAGAUACCCUGGCAUUUGCUGUUCAUAUUAGCGAUGUUAAUGUCCCUUGGAAUGUCCAUGUGUUACUACAUUAUUUGGAUAUUGUUCGACUCGGUACACGAAAUGAGAGCUGAUGGAGUUUCGGAGAAUGUGCACUCGCACGGUAGAGUCAGGGAGGUGUCGUCACCUUUGCAUAAUUCUAAGAUCGAUCAUCGAAAGGAGGGUAGAGUAAAAUUGGAGCCCGGACAAGAGCCUCCCUCUGCCAACGCAGAAGUGCCAGAUCACUAUAUAUACGUUGCUUAUCCACCGGAGCUGAAGCGGCGCCUUCUCGAAAGCUGCUACAACCGAACAACGCGUCUGUGAUGAGGACGAACCAGCGUUUCCUGAGCCAACUCCCGUGGUUGAGGAUUAUUUUUUAUGAUGGUAGUACACUUGCCGGAUUCGAAAAAAAUGUUUAUUCUCCUGUAUGAUCAAACUGAUUGUCUAAUAAGAUACGUAAAGAAUAAUAACUCA